CCUCUGCCUCUGUCCCAAAUCGGCCUCAGUCCGUGCGCAUCAGUCGCUCUGAGACAGCGGAACAUCAGCAAAUCCGCUUCUUGCGCCAACUUUUAAUGCACUUUUUUUAUGAAUCUGAAACAAGAAGUAAAGAAGACGGUGACAUGCAUUUAAUAUCAAGCUUAAACUCCUAUCUAUAUCCAGCCAUGUGGCUGUACCUGGUUGAGGUUCGUUUGGCACCCGCGCUCCUCUCCGCGCUCCUGCUGCUGUGCGCUCUGGUUCCUGAAGGCUUGGCAGCGGUAACUGAUACUGGCAGUGGCUGCACAACCUGCGGAGGUCUGAAGAUGGACAGCGUGAUGGAAGAGAAGAUUCUUAUUGAGCUGGCCAAAAAGCAGAUCCUGAGCAAGCUUCACCUGCGGGAGAGACCCAACAUCACGCAGACUUUACCCCGCGCUGCACUUGCCACUGCUUUGCGCAAACUGCAUGCGGGUCGAGUCAAAACUGACGGGACACUGGAGCUGGACAGCAACCUGGGACACUCGCCUGUAAAAGACCAGGCCUACGAGAUAGUCAACUUUGCAGAAAUGGAUGACGUGGACUCCACCUUGUCCUUUCAGUUUCUGCAGGAGCAGGGUCAAAGCAUCCAGGUGCUGCAGUCCUCCCUUUGGCUGUAUGUGCAGCCAAUCAACAGCCCUCUCCCAGCAGGCCGUGUUUCUGCCCAGCUCUUCCUGUCAGGCACAGGCAGCAGCAACCGCACCCUACUGCUCCAGCGCAGCAUUGAUGUAGCACGAGGUGGCUGGCAGACAUUCCCCAUCACCAGCACGUUGCAGGCCUUCAUGGACGGUGGGCAGCAGCAUCUUCGCCUGGAAGCCUACUGUGAGAAAGAAGGCCAAAACCUGUGCAGCCAUAGUGGUGCUGACUCCUCCCAGCAGCCCUACCUUGUGGCUCAGGUGCGUCUCCGAGAAGAUGACCCCAAGCAUACCCUAAGCAAGCGCUCACUGCGCUGUGGCGAUGACGUAACUGUCUGCUGCAAAAAGGAUUUCUACAUUAAAUUCCAGGACAUCGAAUGGCAGGACUGGAUCAUCGCACCUGAGGGCUACCACAUGAACUACUGCAUGGGACAGUGCCUGCAGCAUCUCGCAGGCUCGCCGGGCAUCGCCUCUUCUUUUCAUGCCACAGUUUUCAGUCAGCUUAGGGCUAACGGCAUUCACACAGCUGUCCCAUCUUGUUGUGUGCCUAUCCAAAGGAGGCCACUUUCCAUGGUCUAUUUCAACUCCCAGCACAGCAUUGUAAAGACUGACGUCCCUGACAUGAUCGUGGAGUCCUGUGGAUGCACGUAAACAGCAACGUGACGUUAGAAUAAAGUUCACGUUACAGACAAAUGCUUUUACUAUGUAGGUUUCUAAGACACUGCUCUAAUUUACAAUACAGAUUUAUACACCCAGAUACAUUUUACAUGAAGUUCUUCAGUUUAUUGCAAAUCAUAUAACCGCUAUCAGUAUAAGCACUACUAAAGCUAACACAAUAAUGUUCUGUUAGUUAUCUGAUUAAAAGGAACAGAUUAAAGUGCUGAAUUGAAAAAAAGAACAGCCAACACCACUGUUGCAAUUAUAUGAGGCUCUUAGUCUUUUCACUGUACUGUUUGAUUAGUUUUCGGCUCAGACCAAUGCCCUGACCUCUGCCUGGUUUCCCAAUGAGAUUGGUAAAUAUUUAGUUAUUGCUACAUGUACAAAUAAAGGUAGAAAAGAUGGUAAAUGGACAUGUCUAACACGUCUGCCUGCCUGCCUGCUGCUGGAUUUUAAAGUUCAGAGGCAGAAAUACAGCAGAUUACAUCUGCAUCUACAAGCAGAUUACGAGUUUGCAUCUACAAGCAAAGCCAAGCACAAUGCAUGUUUUAUUAAAGUUCUCAAAGCUUUUUGUGUACUGUUGUAGUUAUGUUGAGUGUGAAUGUGUGUGUGUGUGUGUGUGUGUGUGUGUGUGUGUGUGGCUGUAUAUAUGAGAGUCUUUUAGUUCAAGAAUUUUAAGUUAAGUAUUUGCCUUGGACUAGUUACUACUGUUUCUAUGUUUUAUUUUCGUGUCGGCACAUUUUUAAUUUAUGCAAAACCUUCAAUACAAUCCAAAAUGGAAAAGAGAACAUAAAAAAAACUGGCAGCAAGUUUGGUUUUUCGAUUGGUUUUCAAAGCACUUCCUCUGCUAAAACAUAUUGGCAUGGAAAAUGAUUGUGCAAAUUUUAAGGUAAUGACAUCAAAGUUUGCUUGAUUUUCCAUGUUUACAGUUCUGUGAUUACACCAUCAGGGUCACAAGAACAAAGUCUUUCUAAUAACAGCAUUUUCAAACAUUCAUGCAAUCAUUCAUUUUACUAAACAUGUUCUCCUGUUCGGGUAAGCAUUUUAUAAUGCUUCUGGUUUUAUAACUACAUGCCUGGGCUGCAUAAGAUUUCUAUAAAGAGAUUUUUUGCUGGCAGUUAUAUAAUUGUAAUUUUUUUUUAAUUAAGUCUGACUUGUGUUGUUGAGUGUUGUUUUGUCUUUCUAUGACUGAGUGAUGUUAAUAAAAUAUGCAGUAACUUAUGUUCAAAUGCCCAUACUGUAAGUUUUAAUUUAAUUUGUCUAAUUUUGUAAAAAAAAAAAAGAAAAAAAGCUAUUUUCUUAAACUGCUCUAUUUUUAAAUACUGUAUGGAAUACAUUUUAUUAAAUGUUAUUUUUUAUUUAAAAAAUAAUAAAUAUUUUACCUGUUAAA